AUGAAGCCAAAGAAAGAUGAAGCAGAGUACGAAUCAGAGGAUAAAGAAGAAGAUGACGAGUUUUCAACCCGAUUUGACGGUUUCGACGACUCCGAUGGUGCGUCAUCUGAUGAUGAUAACUUUACUAUAUACGGCGAGCGUGAGGAGAAAGAUGAAGAUUUACCGGCUGCUACUCAAAACAGAGGUCAUUACUUUGGCAAAGUAGGAUCGAUUGGGAACUCGGAGUCUUUAACGGUGGAGAUGGCUAAGCUAAACCUCAUCGUAGGACAACGAUACGCGAACAAAGACGAGUUGGAGAAACGAGUGAAACUUCUUGCAGUGAGAGAUGGAUUUGAGUUUUCAGUACCAAAAUCAAAUACGACUGUAGUGAAUAUUAAGUGCUGGGUUGAAGGAUGUCUUUGGAGAGUUCGUGCAUCUCAAGAAGGAGAUGAGCCUGGUUUUGUUGUUCGUAUAUACGAUUCGGUACACACAUGUUCUGUGACGGAGAGAUCUAAUCGAUCCAAACAAUCUACACCUGAUGUUUUGGGACCUCUUUACAGGGACUUUCUUGGUGACAUUGGUCCGUUAGUUAAACCUAAAAGUGUUGGAAUAAUCAUCAGUAAUCAUUUUAGCAUAAAGUUACGGCUGACUUAUUUUUAUAUUGGUGCCAACAUGGAUUAUUGGAAGUCAUAUAAGACGCUAAGGAUAAGACGGGCAAAUCCGGGUACAAUAACGCGUCUUCAAAUUGAUGAGUGUGACAGAUUCAAGUAUGUCUUCAUUGCUUUUGGUGCGAGUGUUGCUGGGUUUGCUUACAUGCGGAAAGUUGUUGUUGUGGAUGGUACAUUUCUCCACGGUAGUUACAAAGGGACGCUUCUAACAGCCCUAGCUCAGGAUGGAAAUUUCCAAAUUUUCCCAAUAGCUUUCACAGUUGUUGACACUAAAAAUGAUGAUUCUUGGCGUUGGUUUUUUACGCAACUCAAAGUUGCUAUUCCAGACGAGAGGAAUCUUGCGAUCAUCUCGGACAGACAUAAGUCAAUAAGGAAAGCAAUUGGUGAAGUGUAUCCAUUGGCUUCUCGUGGAAUUUGCACUUAUCAUUUGUACAAGAACAUAUUGGUGAAAUUCAAAGGGAAACAUUUGUUCCCACUUGUGAAAAAAGCGGCUAGGUGUUUUCGGAUGGUUGAUUUUACAGAAGCAUUCAAUGAGAUUGACGCGCUUCAUCCUGAACUACAUGGAUAUCUCCAAAGAGUUGGGGUGCAAAUGUGGGCGCGUGUUCAUUUCCCGGGUGAAAGGUACAACCUAAUGACUUCGCACAUUGCGGAAUCUAUGAACAAAGCACUAUCAAAUAGUAGAAGUCUUCCCAUAGUUCGACUGUUAGAAUCCAUACGGAAUAUGAUGACUAGAUGGUUUGCUGAACGGAGAGAGGAUGCGAAAUCACAGCUAACAACGCUCUCACGAGGUGUUGAAAAACUGUUAGAGGGUCGUGUAACUGCAUCAAGACUUUUUGAAGUACAACCGAUUAUGCUUUACGUAUGUACAAGCCGCCGUUUUGAGCACGAGAAAAUACCAUGCGUCCAUGCAAUCGCAGCUGCAGAGCAUAUGGGUGUGUCUCGUAUUUCACUGGCCGAUCCGAACUACCGGAGCAAUUAUUUGGUUAACGCGUACGCUGAUUCAAUCUCACCUCCGGAUACUGCACUCCCGGUUCCUGAAAUUGUAACUAACCAACUGUGCGUGCCUCCGAUCGUUGUAACCCAGCCAGGAAGGCCGGAGCAAAGCAGGAUUAAAUCAACUGUGGAAAUUGCACUUGAGAAUAAACGCCCGAGGAAACCACACGCAUGUUCUCGAUGUAAAGAAGUUGGGCAUAAUGCAAAAACUUGUCGGAAGUAG